UGCAGCUCCCUUAGCCGCCUGGUGACGCCCUGACUGAUCGCCUCGCUGCCAUGAGCGCCAUGCGUGUGGAUGCCAAGGUGGUGAUGCUGGGAAAGGAGAGCGUGGGGAAGACGAGCCUGGUGGAGCGAUACGUCCACCACCGCUUCCUGGUGGGGCCGUACCAGAACACAAUCGGCGCUGCGUUUGUGGCCAAACCCAUCCAGGUGGCAGACACAGUCAUCACUCUGGGGAUUUGGGACACGGCCGGAUCGGAGCGCUACGAGGCCAUGAGCCGGAUCUACUACCGAGGAGCCCGGGCCGCCGUGGUCUGCUAUGAUCUGACGGACAGCAGCAGCUUCCAGAGAGCCAGGUUCUGGGUGAAGGAGCUGCAGAACUGUGAGGAGCACUGUAAAAUCUACGUGUGCGGCACAAAGAGCGACCUGAUCGAAGGAGAGCGCGCUCUGCGUCAGGUCGACUUCCACGACGCACAGGACUUCGCAGAAGACGUCGGCGCUCAGUAUUUUGAAACUUCCAGUAAAACAGGAAAAAACGUAGAUGAAUUGUUCCAGAAAGUUGCCGAGGAUUUCAGCAGCUCUGCUUUCCAGCUCCUGGCUGAGGAAACCGGCAUUGACUUGGGUCAGAAGAAAGACUCGUAUUUUUACUCCUGUUGCCAUGGAAACUGAUGCGGGAAGAGCGGAUGGAGGAUUCCUCUGCACUGUCAGUCUGGGUCCGCUGGCAGCCAAUCACAGAGCAGAACCCAGGCUCCAUCUUUGU